UAUAAAAUGAGAAAUACAUAAUAUUGAAAUAAAAUAAUUUACAAGAAAGGUAUACGGAUUAUAUUGUUGUACAAUGAAUACAGACUUAAAUAGUGUGCAACGAGCAAAGUGAAAUAUCUUUCAGUCCGUUUUGUCGUGUUAGACUCUAUUGUAGCCGGUUAACCCGUUUAUUACACCGAGGCAACCGACAUAUUCGUUUAUCAUAUUAUGUACGCCGAAGAAGAAUGACGUUAUUGCUAUUAUUCUUUCCGACAUUAUAAUGUCUUUACGUAGUAAUAGUUUAUCAAAUUCACUGCUGUAUUAUCUUUCUACCGAAAUGGACGAAAAAACGAGAGAGCGUGAAAACAUAAAUUACAUUACAAAUGUAAAAAUGUGACACACACGUUAAUCUAAUGAUCCAUCACGUUGAUAAAAGUAAAAGAAAUUUAUCCCUGUGAACAGCAAUACUGUAAAACAAGUCCAAUAUUCGGUCAUUCUCCAUCAGAACAGGAACGAUCUCACAGUGAAAGUCUUUAAAUCAUGUCGAACGUAUCUCUCUAUAUUCUUCUCUCGUUAAUCGUAAGUGUGUCUUCUCACUCUUCUCACGGUCUUAUGAACGACACAUUGGCAGAAGGACAGCUUACUUACAUAGAUAUAGUUACUGCGAUGGUGAAAACUCUGUAUAAAUGUCGCCCAAACGAGCCCGAACUAACUUUACUGCUAGGCGGGGAUUAUAAUGAAUUUCUUAGACGAGCCUUUUUUGCUUUUGUGCCGGUAGCUUUAAUAGGAGAGACGAAGCCUCGAUUCAACGCUCUUGAAAAAUUCGCUUUGACGAGAUAUUCCUUCAAAAUGUACGUGAACUAUCACUUUAUCCCUUUCCUUCGGAAAUCGCAUCGCUUCGUGCUAGUGGCAUCCUCCCAGCCUCUGCUCCGAUCUAUUUUACUGAGAACAAAAGAUUCGCCGUGGGCGAAUUCGGAUGGAUUUUAUAUUAUAGUCGAUAAAGAAACCGAGAUUCGAGGCUGCAUAAACGCUCGCUCGUUUCUUUGGACGGCUUGGGAAUUCGACUUGCUCUCUGUUAUAUUUCCCUGUAUCGAUCCAGACGAUGGGAUUGUCUAUUAUACAUAUAAUCCGUAUUCUAACAGUACGCCAGACGAUUGGGACGAAGUAGACCGCGCCAAAGGACGGCAUGGCCAUCCUUGGAUAAUAUUGAAGAGAAAAUAUGAUGAAGACAAAGUGUGCAAAAAUCUGGAUUUCGAUAAAACGACCACUUUAAAGGGCUACGAGAUUCGAUUAAACGCCGUUGAGAUGGAACCGUUUAUAAAAGUCAAUUUAAGUGCGCCGGAUCUGGAGAAAUUUCGCGGCGACAACAGCGAAAUUAUCAAAAUACUCUUGUUCAAAUUAAAAGCAUCCCUAAAUAUAGAGUUUUCCAAUGAUAGUAUCUACGAGCUGGGUGGCAUAGGACCAAAUGGUACUAUGGAGGGUUUAAUGGCCCCUGUGAGCGACGGCAGAAUAGACAUUGGCAUGAACGUAAGAACGUUGCUGGUAUUGUGGAAGGUCAAACACACGUAUCCCCAUACGAGAUCAAGUCUUUGUGUCAUAGCUCAACCACGCCCGGAAGUCUCGCAGUUCACCAAGUUGACGAAAUUUUUGUCGUCGGAAGUAAUAGUGGGAAUAGUCAUAAUGUGUCUACUGACUUAUGUAAUAUUUACGAAGACCGACGGAUACUUGAAAGCCGGGUUACAAGUGAUACGGCUUAUGGUCUGCGUAGGAAUUCUACACCCACCCAAAAUUAGUUCCACCAGGAUCUUUCUGUGCAUGAUACUGAUUCUGUUUCUCAAUAUAAAUGCUCUAUUCCAAAGCCAUUUGUCGGCUUUACUCACCGUGCCGGUUUACUAUCGUAAUAUCGACACCCUAGAAAGUAUCAAGAAAUCCGGAUACACUAUAUACGGGCCGGUGCAGCUGAAAGAACGACUAAACGAUCCCGUGCUGGAAUCGCGCUAUGUGGCGGUCACGUACGACGAGUGCAAGGAAUUCGUUGAGAAUUCGUCGACUGCGAAUUCGUCGACUGCCGCAUGCUUCGGUGACUGCUAUCACUUGUACUACAGGAUCAAGGGUCAAGAUCUUAUCAGAUCGAGGCCGCUGAUCGAAGUAACGCAAUCGUAUGUCACUCGCGAAGAUUGGCCAUUAUAUGCACGGGUAGACGACAUUAUUCAACAAAUGUCGCAGGCUGGCUUGAUCUUGAAAUCCAGAUCUGACUUUUUCUCGGAAGUAAAACGGGAGAGAUAUAGAAAGAAAGCGACGAAGCAAGGUUUCAAAGUGAUGUUGCUGAAGCAACUUUCUUUCAGCUUUUAUUUUCUGAUAACAGGAUACACUUGCGCCACUAUAGUUUUCAUAUUGGAAUUGGUAAUUGGUCGAUCUGCUCUCAAAUCUGAAAACCAAAUAGUAAUUAAAAAGAAACAAAAAGUUUGAAUAAACGAUAAAGUCCCAAAGACGUUACGACGAAAUGCUAUUGACGAAAAAUUAAUUAAUAGAUUACAAUGAAUAAUGACUUAUUAAGUAUUUGUUAACUAAAUUAAAUAUUAGUUGAUCCAAAUUAAAUAUUAAUUUUAUAAAACUAAAUAUUAUAUUAAAAAAGUUACAU